CAUUCCUAGAUACCUUCCUAGAUGAUCGUUUUACUGUGUUGACAUGAAACAUUGUCGUUACGCUUUAGCGAUUUUAGCAAUAACAAUAACAUCAGCGGCCGACGAGCUGUCAAAAUAGUGACACUGACCACUUACAUACACUGACAGACAGGUAUUGCAUCUUGGGUGACAAACCAACAAUGGCAGCUGGCAAUCAUGACCAAGAAAAUGAAACCAACACAUUGAUUGAACAUCACAUGGAGACUGCCAUAGAAACUGUUCUUAGCAACCAAGAACAAAGCUAUGAGGAUUUUAUGGGAUGUUUUGUUUCUCUUAAGAAAGAAGAUGUUGCAGCGCACCAAGCCCAAAUGAUGCAAAAAAUGUUACAACGAAGCGACAAAAAAGCAACAACAGAGAUUCAACGUUCAGAGACAGAAGCCUCUAAGGAAGAUGACCAAAGAACACAUGUCAACAUUGAGGAAGAAAUUGAAAUAGAAGAACUCGAUGACGGAUAUUUUGCUCCAGCACGGAGCUCAAUGGAUCCGGUUUCCGGACACAAAUUUGUUCAGGUGGAUAACUUUGUAGAUGAUGCAGAACUUAGUGAAGAUGACUUACAAAAUACGAAUAGUGCUGAUGAAGAACUGGAAGCAUCUCCUUACGAGUCUUCAUUUUUCCUCAAUGAAGAUUCAUCUAAGAUACCAUUGAAACUUUCCAAAGACAUUGUAAGAGAAGUAGAAGAAGAUGCUGAAGGGGAAUCCCCAGUGAUGCAUCUUGAGCUUCAAGAAGGUCAUGAUAUGAGGACCCUCCCAGGUGAAGCUGAGGAUGAGAAAGAUGGAAGACUCUCCUCCUUAUCAGAUGAUGCAAUUCAUGAAACUCGGCUCAAGAUGUCAACAAAGAUGAACCAAGAUGUGGAUAAUUUAGAGCAGUCUAAAGUCAAUCUUGAGAUUUCUACAGAUGAAGUACAGCCUUUCUCGAUGGAUAAAGAUUUUGAUUAUGAUAAUGUAGUCUUGACGCCUAAAUGGGACUCGAACCAUACACCCCCUGGCUGGAAGCCAAGUUGCUAAAUUUUAAAAUUGAAAACUGACUUAAGUGUUUUACAUGUAUGUAUAUAUAUAAUUGAAUGAGCAUUGUAUACUCGGUGCUUCCUCAAGUAUUUCAGAAAAGUUAUGGGGUUCUUUUUGUAACAGUCACCAAUAGAGGGCGCAACAUCAACUGUUUUGGAGGCUGACUGUCAGGGGUGCACCACACUACAUACUCAUAGAAAACAAUACUAAUGGUUAAAUAUUUUUAAAAAACUCAAUAUUUUGCUUCAAGUCCCUCCUCUUGAAAAGCUAUCAAACAUGUUUUCAGACCACUAAACUUCAGAUUUCUUUUCAAUAUUUAGCAGGUCAGCCAUUUGGAGUUUUUGUUUAUUACCCGAGAAAAAAACACCACCGAAAAAGCGGUUUUCUAUAACUGUGUUUUCUAAAAACUGACUUGCUGCACAUCUUCAUGAGGCACUCCCCCAAUUCCAAAGCUAA